AUGUCCGAGUCCCACGUCAGCAAAGGGGGCAAGUUUGAGCCGACGCCCCAGAAGGCACAGGCCCAGGAUCUGCCUGGCCUCGAGAAGAAGAUGGAGCCCCCGAGCGAGGCUACCAAGCUCGAGGGCGCCGGCCAGGCCUACGAAUACGCGGCCGCGGGCAAACUGAAGGGUUGCAAGGCCUUGAUCACUGGCGGCGACUCCGGCAUUGGACGCGCCGUCGCCGUGCUCUUCGCGCGUGAGGGCGCCGACGUCAGCAUCGUCUACCUGCCCGAGGAGCAGCCGGAUGCGGAGGAUACCAAGAAGAUGGUGGAGAAGGAGGGCAGGAGGUGCCUGCUGAUCCCGGGCGACCUGAUGGACUACGACAAGUGCCGGGCGGCGGUGCAGGAGCACGUCGACGCGUUCGGCGUGAUCCACGUGCUGGUCAACAACGCGUCCAAGCAGAUCAUGUGCGGCGACUUCGCCGAGAUCGACCUCGCCGCCGUCGAGAGCACCUUCCGCAGCAACAUCCUGCAGAUGUUCGCCGUGACCAAGUACGCGCUGCCGCACAUGCGCAAGGGCGGCAGCAUCAUCAACACCACCUCGACCGUCGCCUUCCGCGGCACCGGCUCCAUGGUCGACUACGCCGCCACCAAGGGCGCCAUCGUCUCCUUCACCCGCUCGCUCGCCAAGAACCUGAUGCCCAAGGGCAUCCGCGUCAACGCCGUCGCCCCGGGCCCCGUCCACACGCCGCUGCAGCCGGCCUCGCGCCCCGCCGAGCAGAUGGAGUCCUUCGGCGAGAAGUCGGGCAUCGGCCGCGUCGGCCAGCCCAGCGAUAUCGCGCCCAGCUUCGUGUUCCUCGCCAGCAAGGACUCGGAGCUGUACUACGGCCAGGUGCUGCAUGCUUAUCCGCUGGGCGAUUAA